AUGGUUUCUUACAAACUCACCUACUUUGAUGGCCGUGGAGCCGGAGAGAUCUGCCGCCAAAUUUUCGCAUUCGCUGAAAAAAAGUACGAAGACAACAGAUUGUCUGAUGAAGAAUGGGCAAAGUUCAAGGCAACUGGAAAAUCCCCAUACAACCAACUUCCCCUGCUUGAAGUAGACGGAAAACCACUUGCCCAGUCUCACGCAAUGGCUCGUUAUCUUGCUCGUGAGUUCGGAAUCAAUGGAAAAACUCAUUGGGAAGAGGCUCAAGUCAAUUCAUUGGCUGAUCAAUUCAAGGAUUACUACAGUGAAGCCCGCCCAUAUCUCGCAGUGAAACUCGGAUAUACGGAGGGAGACGCCGAUGAGCUCUACAAGACUGUCUACCUCCCAGCUUUCAAGAAACAUUACGGAUUCUUGUCGAAUGCAUUGAAAGCCAGUGGAAAAGGAUUCAUGGUUGGAGAUUCCUUGACGUGGAUUGAUUUGUUGGUUGCUCAACAUUCAGCUGAUUUAUUGGCUAGAGAGGGAGAGGGUCUGUUCAAGGAUGUUCCUGAGAUGAAGACUCAUUCUCAAGAUAUUCAAGCCAUUCCCCAAAUCAAGAAAUGGAUUGAGAAGCGUCCAGUUUCCGAUUGCUCUCUUGUCUUGGUCACACAGAGCAGCUCACCCAAUCGUUCAGCCGAAAUGAUUGCUCUUCUCUCUGUUAUCUUGGCUUUCUUGGCUCCACAGGCUAGUGCUGUCAUCGGAGGAGACCUCAAUUGUACCAGUUACAAUGGAACUGCUUUCGUCUGGACACCAGCUGCCACCGCUUGCUCCAAUGUUAUCUCCGAUUCGUCUUGUGCUAUCCUCUACCCGGCACCAGUUGUUGCUGACGGAUAUCCAUCUCCAGGAAGAGACCAACAAAGACCAUUGGCAUGCUAUACCACAGCUACCGCCACUCCAGCCGGUAUUGUCCAAGACAUGAAGAAGGCUGCUAUGGAUAACUGCCCAAGAACUUGUGGAUUGUGUUGUCAGACAAAUUCUUACAACUGCCCAAAUGUUGCUUUCCCACGUCUCAACUGCAAUACCAUCACCCAAUCCCAAUGCCUCUCGCUUACCUGGAGACCAAUUAUCGCUGUGGACUGCCCAUCAGCCUGUGGAUUCUGUAAUCAGGGAGGAUGCGUCGAUGCCAUUAUGGACUGUGCCAAUGACGUUAGAAUUUGCACUGCCACCGGAUUGGAGACAUUCGUCGCCACCUACUGCCAAAGAACAUGUGGCAAGUGUGCUUCCUCCACCACUACCAGAACUAUUACCACCGGAACAUGCAGUUCUUACAUUGCUGAUUCAAGCACCAACUGCCGAGCCUGGUCCCUCAACGGAUUCUGUACCAACACCUUCUACACUGCAGCUCAGAGAAGAUCUUUCUGCGCCACCACCUGCAGAAUUUGCUGA